AUGGCAUUGGCUCAAGCAGCAGAGCGGGUAGCCGCUGAGUUCGAGUACCCGAAGGAAGAUGUGAACCGAGGCGUCAAAGAGUUCAUCCGCCAGAUGGACGAGGGUCUUGGUAAGACUGGUGCGACCAUGUCCCAGAUCCCGACCUACGUUACGGCUGUGCCAAACGGAACCGAGAAGGGACUGUACAUGGCUGUUGAUCUUGGCGGAACCAACUUCCGAGUAUGCUCCAUCCAGCUGCAUGGUAACAGCACCUUCAGCUUGACGCAGAGCAAGGUCGCUAUACCGAAGGAUCUCAUGGUUGCGAAGACGAGCCAUGAGCUGUUUGCAUUCUUGGCGAAGCAGAUUGAGCUGUUCCUGAAGACACAUCACGGCGAGCACUACCAGGGACACAAGGAGAAGAAGAAGUCGUUCAUGAGCGAGAGGGAUGAGGAGGUCUUCAGCUUGGGCUUCACAUUCAGCUUUCCAGUGCAGCAAUCUGGUAUUAACAAGGGCACGCUUAUCAGAUGGACCAAGGGAUUCGAUAUUCACGACACUGUUGGCAAAGACGUCUGUGCGCUCUUACAGCAGGAGAUUGAUGCUCUCGGUCUGCCUGUGAGGGUUGCGGCGUUGGUGAAUGACACUGUUGGCACACUCAUGGCAAGAUCGUACACAUCACCUGGCAAGACUGGUACACUUCUUGGCGCCAUUUUCGGCACCGGGACGAACGGCGCAUACGUUGAGAAGUUGGACAAGGUCACGAAGCUGAACAAUCUGGGCGCUGAAGCUGGCGAUGUGGACAGGACUACUGGCGAGAUGAUCAUCAACACUGAGUGGGGCAGCUUCGACAACCAACUGUCUGUUCUGCCAAACACACAGUACGACCGCGAUCUUGACCGGGAAAGUGUCAACCCCGGCAUCCAGAUGUUCGAGAAGCGCGUGUCUGGCAUGUUCUUGGGAGAGAUCCUGCGUCGGUCGCUGAUCAGCUUGUUGAACGACAAAAAUGUGCCUCUAUUCACGGACGAGCACAGCAACCAGAAUGAUGUCCACAGCACCACAAACGUUGACAAGGAUUCACCUCUGUACAAGCAGUGGGGCAUCGACACCUCUUUCCUCUCCAUCACUUCGGGUGACAACUCAGCUGGCCUCAAGGUUACCCGCCAAACGCUAGACAAGGAGUACGGUGUCACUGCUGCUUCGUCGGAGGACGCUGAGGCAGUACGUCUUAUUGCGAGCGCUAUUGGCAAGCGUGCCGCGAGGCUUUCUGCUGUUGCCAUUGCAGCAAUUGUGAUCGCAACAGACAAGCUCAAGAAGCCGACCGACAUCUCCACAACCAACAACGCCAGCCUGGAGGUGAACGAGGAUGAUGUCGUCGACAUUGGUGUUGACGGCAGCUUGGUUGAGUUCUACCCCCGAUUCGAGGAGUACAUCCGUGAAGCACUCAGGGACAUACCAGAAGUCGGACCAGAGGGCGAGAAGAAGAUCCGUAUCGGCAUUGCCAAGGAUGGCAGUGGCGUGGGCGCGGCAUUGAUCGCGCUUGUGGCCGACAAGGCUAUGAAGAUAUCAGCACCCAGCACAUCAUCAGGCGGUGGCUUUCUCCAGAGCUUGAUCUCGAACAUCAACAGAAGCAUUCGGUAUCGUGUGUAG